AUGAAUAUACGUUCUACAAUGAAUUAUAGGAACAUCUUUAGGAGUCAACCUGGUAAUGAACGAUCAAGGAGAGAGCGGGCCUUGGUCUUCAAAAUAGACUGGUUUAUAUUGUCAUAUUGCUGUAUUUCAUAUUUUAUCAACUAUCUUGAUCGUUCUUCGAUUAACAAUGCUUACUUGAGUGGAAUGAAAGAAGACUUAAAGAUGUACGGAAAUGAGCUGCAAGACAUUAAUGUAGUCUUUACUUGCGGCUACAUUAUCGGCCAAAUACCUGGAUCUUAUGCAAUGCAGAAAGUACCGGCAAGACAUUGGUUCGCUGUUAUGAACUUGAUUUGGGGAGUUAUGACCAUACUUUCCUUUACUGUUCAUUCGGUUUCCUCUAUGAUGGCUUUGCGCUUUUUUAUGGCAGUUGCAGAAGCUUCCACAUUUGCGGGUACUCAUUACAUUUUGGGUGCUUGGUACAAAGGAAGUGAAAUUUACAAGAGGGCCGCGAUAUUUUCCAUAUCCGGUUUGAUUGGAAGUAUGUUUGCUGGAUAUUUGCAAACCGCCGUUCAUUCUUCGUUGGAUGGAGUAUGCGGUAUGGCAGGAUGGCGAUGGCUGUUUAUAAUUGAUGGGUUGUUAACGAUACCAUUGGCAUUUUAUGGAUACUUUUUGUUUCCAGACGUUCCCGAGACGACAAAGGCACCUUACUUCACGGAGGAAGAAAAGCAGCUUGCAGUAAAACGACUUCCUGCUCUUCCAAAGAAAAAGCCGUUAACCAUGCAAUCAAUAAUAACCAUUUUCCGUUCUUGGCGCAUCUAUGGCUUGUCAUUUCUUUGGCUGUUCAGUGGAGAAACCCAGGCUAUUGCCGUCAAUGUGCUGAUGGGACAAUGGAUGAAAAUCUCAGGAGAGUUUAGCGUUACCCAGAUUAAUAAUUAUCCUACAGUUAUCACAGCAGUCGGCGUUGUCUCUACUAUGGGAGCCAGCAUCCUGUCAGAUAAACUUAGUGGGCGUACUCGAUGGCCGUUUGGUUUAUUUUUGUUUUUUGUAACCGUGGUUUCUUCCUCUAUACUUUUAGCAUGGAACGUCCCUUAUGGGCUCAAGUUCUUCGCAUACUUUUUUUCGGGGUGUACGUAUGCUGGACAAGCUGUUUGGUUUUCGUGGGCGAACGACGUCUGUCGUGGCAAUGACCAAGAAAGAGGAGUUGUUAUUUUCGUUAUGAAUAUGGUACAAAACAUUUGGCAUGUAUGGUGGGCGCCCGUUAUGUAUCCCAAUACCGAUACCCCAAGGUUUAAAAAAGGUUAUAUUGCCUUGCUGGUUGUCGGUGGAUUAACUUUAUUUUUUUCAUGUAUAGUAAGCUUCAUGCAAAGGAGAGAUCAACGUAUACAGCGUACUCAACAAGAUGCUAAAGAAGAGCAGAGCUCAACGUUUGCCGAAUUGUCAGAGAACGGUGCGGUUAAACCAGAAAUUUUUAAUGCUGGCAAGGAUAAUGAGUCUUUUUUAGUUGAAGACUCCGGUCUGAAAACUCCUAACUCUGUACUUACGCGCCAAAGAGUUUUGAAACAUAAUGAUAUCUAA